AUGGCUCCUCCUGACAGGUCUCCAGCUUCACUAGACAGCGCUCCUUUGGCUCAGCCUACUGCCUCCACACACCCUUCGAAUACCCAGACGGCCUCGAUCCCGCAUCCAAAGGGUGGCACUUCCGGGGUCUCCCCUUCUCGUGCCCCUCCUGUCACGGGUCGCAUGGCCGGCUCCUCUCAUGCCCACACCCAGUCCAACAUGCAACGACCACCACCACCUCCUCCAAGCACGCGAAACACGCUUCAUGGCAACUCGCCACGCCCAAGUACCAGCCCUUCGGCUCAUCAUCCACGACGCUCCGUCCAAAGCAACCAUGCAUCUUGGACAAACGGCGCUCGCGGGCCUCGGGCCUCACCUCACAAUACAUCUGCUGAUAUGCGAAUUCAGCAGCAUAGACAGCAGUCCCAGCAACAGCGUGCUACAACCGAUGUUUUGGCGGGUGCGACUCUGAGCUCAGCACAAAGUCUAACUCUCGACUUACGUGGGCUUCCCAAGGACAUCAAAAUCAGUGAAAUCAUGGAUACAAUGACUGCCAAGCAUCUCAGCCUCACCAGAGUCGACAUCCAUGAGAAUGAAGACGGGACAAGAACAGGAAGGGCCAGAGUUGUCAUCGAGCCAACCCCGACCAGAUGGCCGACAUGGACUGGACCUGGCGAUUCCAUAACCAUCACCAGAACAGACCACUCGACAGUGACAGUGCCCUUCGAAGUAAGACCAUAUUUCCUGCGCAGCAUUCGAACUCCUUGCCAUGGGACGAUCCCCCCACCAUUCUGCCAGAAGAAAUUUCCGUCCAAGAAGAUGGUGUUCGGGAUGAUGGCCAGCGAAUCAGCCAUGUGGAACCCACCACAGUUCAGCUAUGAGGGUGUUACCUUGGUGCCAAACUUUGCCAGACGGAGGUUCGAGGUUGACUUCAAGGUCAAUGUUGGCCGUUACGGCUUGAAAUUAUUCAGAAUACAAGUUGAUUUCAGCCACCCCGGAAAGCUCAUCUGGGGGCCCAGCGGCAACGGCGCCUGGGGGCUGGCCAUGCUGCUGCCAAGUCCUCCCAAGCUGUAUGGUCGCUUAGACGUCUCUCACGAUGAUGAUCAGUCGCUGUGGCAGGAAUGGGACAGGUGGGCCCGACAAACUCAUAUAUCCGGCGAGCUACACAAGUUGAAGGAGCUGCCCGCCAGGCUUCAGAAGCCAGCUGGGCAGUCUGUCGACUUUGGCCGCUGGACGACUUAUUAUUUCGACUUUGACUCCUGUCUCAAUGAGUGGGAAAGUGUCCGCACAUAUUUGGCAGACUACAACGUCAAGAUUGCACAAGUCGACCAUUUUACGCUCGUCAAUACCGGUACUUCCAACGCCUGGAAACUGAUCGACUCGACCGAGAUGACUUUGGAACUCCUCGACUCGAGAAACACUUUUCACCUCGAAUUUCCAGUGCGAUACCAACUUGAAGUCUGCAUUUCUCAUGGUCUUCUUGAUGAAUACAGCAUCGGUGCACAAUUUCUCGAAAAACUUGAAAGCUUCGAUGUCGAUAGAGCCAGACUGAUUCUCGAAGGCGUCGCUGAAGCGAACAGGCAAUUCUUUGAGCCCAUGAAGAUCUUUGAUGAAGACAGGUUUCUUCACUACUGGCCAAAUGCCAGAGUUCCUCCACACGCAACACUGGUCCGCAGGGCCGUCAUCACUCCAACAGCAAUAUAUUUCAAAACCCCCACUGUCGAGUUGACCAACCGAAUCCUCCGCAAGUUCUCUGAUCUGAACGACCGGUUCCUCCGUGUCCAAUUUACGGACGAACUUGCCUUUGGAAAAAUAUUCUCCUCACAGGAUUCGACCAAAGAUGACAACCUGUUCACUCGCGUCCACAGAGCCAUGCACAACGGCAUAGUCAUCGGCAACCGUCAUUACAAAUUCUUGGCGUUCAGCAAUUCACAGUUCAGGGAGAACGGUGCAUUCUUUUUCUGCGACACUGAUCAUACAACCUGCGAUUCCAUCCGUGAAUGGAUGGGAGACUUCCGCCAUAUCCGCUCAGUUGGCAAAUUUGCGGCGAGGAUGGGCCAGUGCUUCACCACAACCCGUCAAGUCAAUGGCAUCAGUAUACCCAAGAUCCGCCUGAUUCAUGACAUAGAGAAGCAAACUGGUGACCGCGUCUGGAACUUUACCGAUGGAAUUGGCAAGAUAUCAUUUUUUCUCGCAACGUUGAUCGCAAACGAGCGCGACUUACCGGAGACCCCUUCGUGCUUCCAGAUCAGAAUGGGCGGCGUCAAGGGUACCCUCGUUCCGUGGCCUGACGUUCCGCCCAGCGAGGUUCAUGUUCGACCUUCUCAGGAGAAGUUCAAAGCUAUCCACAACGGCCUCGAGAUCAUCAAGACCUCUGCGUUCUCUCAUGCCACUCUCAACAAGCAGGUGAUACCUAUUCUAACCGCUCUUGGUGUGGACAAGUCCGUCUUUGUCAGCAUUCUCGAGAGUGAGCUCAGAGCGUACAAAGAAGCUUUGAGUGAUUCCAUGAGGGCCGGUGAGCUGCUUCGAUCACAAGUCGAUGAGAACCAGAUCACCUUGACCAUGGCAGAAAUGGUGGACACAUUCAUGGAUUCCAAAGAGCCAUUCCUUUGGACCCUACUUCGCUUGUGGAAGUGCUGGGUAUUGAGGAGACUGAAGGACAAAUUCGCCGUCAGUAUCGAGAAGAGCGCCAUGGUCUUCGGAAUUGUCGAUGAGAUCGGCGUGCUGAGAGGUCACUCUCGAGCAACCGAAGGCAGGAGGGACAACAACAUCAAGUUGCUCCCUCAGAUAUUCCUCCAAAUUCCUGUGGAGGGCAGUGAUGGUAGGAGUACGACCAACUACGAGGUCGUCACCGGACUUUGUGUCGUCGGCCGCAACCCAUCACUUCAUCCUGGAGACGUGCGAGUGGUUGAGGCAGUAGACGCUCCUGAGCUGAGACACCUGAAGAACGUGGUCGUCUUCCCAAAGACUGGAGACAGGGAUAUUCCAAGCAUGUGUUCGGGAGGCGAUAUGGACGGUGACGAUUACUUCGUCUUUUGGGACGAGCGACUCAUCCCACUUGAGUGGUAUCAUCCGCCCCUGGAUCACGAUGCGGAAUCGUCCACUCCAGGAGUGGAAGAGCCGGCAGAUGUGACGAUUGAAGACGUCAGCAAGUUCUUUGUCCAGUAUAUGAAAAACGACUCCCUUGGCUCCAUUGCCAGUGCGCACGUUGCCUGGGCAGAUCAAUCAUCCGAGGGUGUCAAGGACCCGAAAUGCAUCGAGCUUGCCAAGCUCCACUCCAAAGCUGUCGACUAUGUCAAGUCUGGAAAGCCUGCAGUUAUGCAGAGGCGCCUUCGACCACGGACAUUUCCGCAUUGGAUGGGAAAGGAGAGGAAGUCAACCUACCAUUCCCACACAGCGCUGGGUCAGAUGUACGACCAAGUUAAAGUUGGGGAUUUCCAUACAGCUUACGAGAUGUCUUUCAACGAACAGAUCCUGUCGCGCUAUGCGUUGGACGAAGACACCUUGGCUCAGGCAGUAGAGAUCAAAGCAGCUUACGAUACCGCCAUGCGCCGGCUAAUAGGUCAGCACGAGGCACCUGUGACUGAGUUUGAGAUGUGGUCCACUUUUAUUCUUUCCAAGCCUCGUGUUGGCAGCGAUUACAAGCUCCAGGAGAACGUCGGCCGGGAUAUAGCAGCUCUAAAGGAUCGAUUCCGAGCUGAGUGCAAGAUGGCUGUGGCUGGGAAAACUCAAACACAGAUUCUCUCCAGCUCCGUGGUCGACCUUGAGAAGCUCGACCGUUUCGUGGCGGCGAUGUACACCGUCACCUACAGGGAGGUGAGAGCUUCAGCCAGGGAACGGCUGGUAGCGAAGCCAGAUCACGAUAGCGGACCAGAGGAACUCCAAAUGCCGUUGAUCAGCUUCCCCUGGCUUUUCCACCGAGAGCUUGCCCGUUUGGCGCUGGGACGGGGUGGCGACGUGCGUCCAUUGAAGACAGAGACCGAAGACCUGGCGCUUGACGAUGGGGAGUUCGGUGUGCCUGGUGUUACCGCGUCAACCUCCAACGACUCUAUGGUGCCAGAUGACAGCACUAGGAGCUCUGUUCCCGCAUCGCCCCGGACCGGGCAUAGAUCCGAGGACGACGAUAAGUCUGUCGAUUUUGAGGAGGUGGGCGACGAUGAUCAGGAGGGCGACGAGGAUGCACUUGAGGUUCUCGCAAGGAAGGUUGGCAUGUGAGAAGCUGAGACAUACAUGAAUAGAGGUCACACUACCCAGGGGAGCUUACACAGUAGCUGAGAGUACCUAGGUACCUGGCUAAGUAGUUACGGCACCGCACUCAAGCACGGACCAGGAUCUUCCGCAGUUCCCCAAAGCUUCCUCGAGAAGGAAUGUGGCGUCAACAAGCUAACACGAUGCUGUUUUCAAGUGCUAGAUUCAUC